AGUGGAGUGAGGAUCCAUAGUUCAGUUUCCUGAACCAGUGUUAUGGAUCGGUGUCGUUAGUUUCUUGAAUCAUCAUGAAGAACAGAUUUAACACUAUAGACAUCCGGGCUGUCAUUGCAGAGCUAAAUGACAGUUUGCUGGGCAUGCGCGUGAAUAACGUUUAUGAUGUGGACAAUAAGACCUAUCUAAUUCGUCUUCAAAAACCAGACUCAAAAUCUGUACUUUUAAUUGAAUCUGUACGAAUUCAUACUACAGAAUUUGAAUGGCCGAAAAAUAUGAUGCCAGUCAGGGUUCGCCAUGAGUGCCGCAAACAUUUGAAAUCUCGGCGAUUGGUCAGUGUUAAACAGCUGGGCGUGGACAGAAUUGUGGAUUUUCAGUUUGGCUCAGAUGAUGCCGCUUAUCAUUUGAUUAUAGAGUUGUAUGAUCGGGGUAAUAUUGUUCUCACAGACCACGAAUAUCUGAUUUUAAACAUCUUGAGGUUUCGCACAGAUGAGGCUGACGACGUGAAGUUUGCUGUUCGAGAGCACUAUCCUGUUGAUAAUGCAAAACCACUGGAGCCCCUUCUCACCUUUGAUAGACUGACAGAAAUCCUGACAAAUGCACAAAAAGGAGAGCAACUAAAAAGGAUUCUAAACCCGCAUCUGCCCUAUGGUGCCACUAUGAUUGAGCACUGUCUGUUAGAUACUGGCGUACCGAGCAACAUUAAGAUAGACCAACUCUCAGGAACCACAGAUUUUGAAAAGGUUCAUGCGGCCUUGAAGAAGGCAGAGGAAUAUCUGGAUCUCACCCUGAACUUCAAAGGAAAGGGCUACAUUAUCCAGAAGAGAGAAAAGAAACCGUGCCUGGAGCCUAACAAACCCUCAGAAGAUAUCCUCACAAACGAGGAAUUUCACCCCUUCUUGUUUGCACAACAUCUGAACUGUCCAUAUGUGGAGUUUGAUUCCUUUAAUAAGGCUGCUGAUGAGUUUUAUUCCAAGCUAGAAGGUCAGAAGAUAGAUUUGAAGGCACUUCAACAGGAAAAACAAGCCUUGAAAAAGUUGGAAAAUGUCCGUAAAGAUCAUGUACACAGACUUGAAUCACUUCAUUCUGCUCAGGAAAUUGACAAAGUGAAAGGGGGAACUUUGAAAUGAAACUUGGACAUUGUAGAUAGAGCCGUUCAAGUGGUGCGCAGUGCUCUAGCGAAUCAGAUUGAUUGGACGGAGAUUGGAGUCGUCGUUAAGGAAGCGCAGGUUCAGGGAGAUCCAGUCGCACUGGCUAUCAAAGAAUUGAAACUCCAAACAAAUCAUAUCACCAUGAUGCUGAAAAACCCAUAUGCAUUGUCAGAAGGAGAGGAGGAGGAUGGGGAAGACGAAAAAGUGGAAGCAGAAGAACCAAAAGGAAAGAAGAAGAAAAAUAAAAAUAAACAGCAGCCGAAGAAAGCUCAGAAAAACAAACCUGUACUUGUGGACGUGGAUCUUAACCUGUCUGCCUACGCCAAUGCCAAAAAAUACUAUGAUUACAAGAGACACGCAGCAAAGAAGCAACAGAAAACUGUGGAAGCUGCAGAAAAGGCGUUUAAGUCAGCGGAAAAGAAAACCAAGCAAACCUUGAAGGAAGUCCAGACUGUCAGCACCAUUCAGAAAGCCAGAAAAGUGUAUUGGUUUGAGAAGUUUUUGUGGUUCAUAAGUUCAGAGAACUAUCUGAUCAUUGCUGGGCGAGACCAACAGCAGAAUGAGAUGAUUGUUAAGCGGUAUUUAAAAUCAGGUGACCUAUACGUUCAUGCUGAUCUCCAUGGAGCCACAAGCUGUGUUAUAAAGAACCCCUCAGGGGAGCCGAUACCCCCGCGCACACUGACUGAAGCUGGCACCAUGGCUGUUUGCUACAGCGCUGCCUGGGAUGCGCGAGUUAUUACUAGUGCCUGGUGGGUGCAUCACAAUCAGGUGUCAAAGACAGCGCCAUCUGGAGAGUAUCUGACCACAGGAAGCUUCAUGAUCAGAGGCAAAAAGAAUUUCCUGCCACCGUCAUAUCUGAUGAUGGGCUUUGGAUUUCUGUUUAAGGUGGAUGAGCCUUGUGUUUGGAGACAUAAAGGUGAACGAAGGGUUAAGAUACAGGAUGAAGAUCUGGAGAGUGUAACCAGCAGCAACACAGAGUUGGCUGCUGAAGAUACGGAACCCUUAGAAGUUCAAGAACAGGAGGAUGAGAGCAGCAGCAGUGAGAAUGAAGAGGGGGACAAAUCAGACCUACAACACACAAAGAACGCUAAAUCUGAAGAACAAAAUGAUGAGGGUGAUGAGGAUCCCGAAGAAGCUUUAUCAUCAGAAGAAAGUGAUCACGACAGCUCUCACUCUUCUGAAGUAAACAGCGCAGUGAAGGAAGAACAAACCUCAGAGUUUAGCUUUCCUGACACCUCUAUAGACUUGUCUCAUCUCCAGGGAAAGAGAACAUUAAACAGACCUGUCUCUGUGGAGUCCACAACAAAUGCAGAGGAUAACAGGAAUGACAACAAAUCUCUUGGUCGAAAACAUAUGUCUGCUAAAGAAAGACGUGAAAUGAAGAAAAAGAAGAAGCCUGGUGAGCUGGAUGAUAAUGAACUUACAGGAGAUAAGGAAAAUGAGAGUAAAGCUGAGGCACAAACUUCCCAGAAUACUACACAAGGCGGAGCAGAGCAGCAGCCAGUUAGAAGAGGCCAGAAGAGUAAACUAAAGAAGAUGAAAGAAAAGUACAAAGAUCAAGAUGAGGAAGACCGCGAGCUUAUAAUGCAGCUACUCGGAUCUGCCGGUUCAAACAAAGAUGAUAAAGCAAAAAAGGGGAAGAAAGGUAAAAUAAAAGAAGAAGUGGUGAAAAAACAGCCGCAGAAAGCAAAAGGUGGCGGGCGCGGUAAUAUACCUGUAAAGAAGGAAAACCCAGAUGUGUUCUUGACGGAGGACAUGCAAGACCUGACCCUAGAGGAGCAACAGGAAGAAAAGGACGAGCAAGAGCAAGAUCCACAAGGAACAGAGGAAGCAGAAAACCUUCUUGACUCGCUAACUGGGCAGCCACAUGCGGAGGACGUGCUUCUGUUCGGUGUGCCAGUGUGUGCGCCCUACACUGCCAUGACCAGUUACAAAUAUAAAGUAAAAUUAACCCCAGGGACACAGAAGAAAGGAAAAGCUGCAAAAACAGCUUUGAAUAGUUUCAUGCAUUCCAAAGAAUCCACAUCCAGAGAUAAAGAUUUACUGCGCAGUGUAAAGGACACUGACCUGUCAAGAAAUAUGCCUGGCAAAGUAAAAGUGUCGGCACCAAACUUGAUGAAUACAAAAAAGAAAUGAUCACAUAUAUUUUAUUGGUACAAUAAGUAUUAUUGUAAAUACGAAUUACUACCGCCACGUUCAUUUAUGGAACCGUCAAAUGGUCUUUAUGUCCGAUUCACUUGUGGGACCUUCAUACAUCAAUAUUAAAAAUAAGAAAUGUUUUUAAAUGCAAUAAAAAGCAUAACUGUUGUGAUAUAAAUCAUUUUGCUACCGGAGGACAUUUGUCAAAUCCAUCUGUUCUUUUCAAAGUAUUGCUGGAGGCGUUUAACACAAGGAUGCGCAUAUUAAAGUAUGUUUGUGAAAUUGAAAAAGAAAAAAGGACUGAUUUCAAUUAUUUGCAAAGAGUUUUUAAAUGUCCUGUUUGGCCGUUUUAAUAUAAAUACUUGUGGAUUAUGACGACACACAAUUAAAAGUAAUGGCUUUCA